AUGUCUUUAGUAAGAAAGAUUGUAAAACCUGAAGGAAUUCCUAUCACAGAUCUUGAACGUACAGUUGCUCAGGCUCUUUUUGAUUUAGAAACGGUUCCAGAUUUAAAACGGGAACUUCGUCCAUUACAAAUUGUUGCAGCUCGAGAGGUUGAUGUGGGACGUGGGAAGAAAGCAAUUAUUAUUUUUGUUUCACCUUCUUUACUUAAAUUGUAUCAUAAGAUUCAACCACGAUUAGUUAGAGAAUUGGAGAAAAAGUUUUCUGAUAGACAUGUUGUUUUUGUUGGUCAACGACGUAUUAUUCCUAAACCAGGUCGAAGAAGUCAUCAAAAACAGAAACGUCCACGAUCACGAACAUUAACAUCUGUUCAUGAAAAAAUUUUGGAAGAUUUAGUAUUUCCUGCUGAAAUUGUUGGUAAAAGGAUACGGGUAUGUAUGGAUGGGAAAAGGAUUCUUAAAGUUUUCUUGGAUAAUAAAGAUGUUGCCUCAAUUGAUUAUAAGUUGGAUUCGCUUCAGAAUAUUUAUAAUAAAUUAACAUCUCGCCAAGUUGUGUUUAGUGUUCAAGAAAUGGGAUUGUAAUAUAGAAAAUGCUAUAUUUUUGUAAAAUUUUUUAAUGUUUUGA